AUGGAUGACGUGAUACAAGUGUACACAAAUAAUAAAGGUGCGCAAUCAAUAAUUUACCAAAAGUAUUCAUAUCGACUUUUUCGUACUAAUAAAAAUUCCGGGGAUUUAGUUUGGCGUUGCAAUAAUAAGUUAUGUAGUGUUAUGGUGACGACAAAUUCAAAUAUAAAUGUAUUCAUCAAACAGAAUAAAAGUAAACAUCACCAUGAAACAAAUGAAAUUAACCCAGAAUUAAAAGAAAUUCGAUGUGCCGUUAAACGUAAAUCGAAAUUGGAUUUAAACGAAAAACCUUUAAAAAUUAUAAGGAAAGAAUUAUGUACGUCUUCAGUGAGUGCAGAUAAUAUUGAUGCUAUGAGACAGUCUAUGUAUCGUGAAAGACGAAAACUUCUACCCCCUGUGCCUGUGUCACUCUCGGAUGCUCUUAAUAAGGUAAAGGAAUCAAACAUCACACUAAAUAAUGGUGAACAAUUUGUGUUUGUGAAUGAGUCCACUCAAAUAAUUAUAGUGACAUGUAAAACAAAUCUCCAAUUUUUAUGCAAUGAAAUUGAAUUUAUAUUAGCAGACGGAACUUUUACUUAUUGCCCAAAACAUUUUUAUCAACAAUAUACCAUCCACGGUGUUUGUAAAAAUUAUUACGUACCACUUGUUUUUUGUUUUUUGCCAUCAAAAACAAAAGAUAUUUAUAAACAAAUGUGGGAAACAAUAAAAGAUUUAUGUUUAAAUAAUGCAAAUAGUGUAUUCCAGCCUUCACUCUUACUAUUAGAUUUUGAACUUGGUGCUCACAUUGCUGCUAAAGAAGUAUUUCCUUUAAUUAUUAUUAAAGCCUGUCGUUUCCAUCUUGGUCAAGCAUGGUACAGAAAAAUCAGUUCCAUUCCAAUAUUAAAAAAAAACUACGACGAUAAAAAUUCACAAUCUGGACUAUGGUUAAAACUUUUUUUUGGUUUGCCUUAUUUACCCUCACAUAUGAUUUCUGAGGCGUUUAUUGAGAUAAUGGCUACUUGUCCAGAAGAAAAACAAUAUCAUGAUUUUGCUGAUUACAUAUUGGAUAAUUAUAUUGAAACCAAUAAUUUUUCACCAAUAUUGUGGGCAGAAGAGCCCAAUAAAAGUACAAGAACGACGAACGGCGCAGAAAGUUACCAUAGUCAACUUAGGCAUGAAUUCUAUGUUCCACAUCCUACUAUAUUUCAUUCGAUAGAUGUGUUAAGACAACAACAGAUAAUUACUGAGACCAAAUUUCGCCUCAUACGAAACGGCAAUGUGAACCGUACACGCAAAGUAAGCAGGGAGAAAGAAAAAUCUAUUUUAAAUGUUUAUGACCGUUUCAUUAAAAACGAAAUCAGCUUGAUUGAGUAUUUAAAAACAUUAGGAUGUAAGUUUAUUUCGAUUUAA